CCUAGAUUUUACGAUACGAUCACGAAGAAAAGGGAUGAUAUGCAGCUCGUCUAGGCCUGGCAUUAUAAAAUGAAACGGGAAGCAAAGCCGGUAUUUUGCUGCAAAUAGACACGUAUAUUUCCUUUUGCUGCUAAGCCCAAGGCCUAGCUGUUUACAAAAUGGCAUAUCGAAAUAUCAAACGCAUUGCUCUUGGCAGCCUGCUAGUUGGAGGUGGAGCAGCAACUGCAACCUAUUUUGUUCUACACAACUCAAAUCAAGAAAAAAGAAGACAACGAUUAACGUAUGUGAUAGCCGCUGAGCUGCGCGAUGCCAAUAGUCAGAGUACAUUACCCACACGUGAACAACAAGUACAGGCACUUCAAAAUACACAUGAAUAUGAUGUACUAGUGAUUGGUGGAGGAGCGACAGGCUGUGGUGUUGCGUUGGAUGCUGCCACUAGAGGUUUGAAGACAGCACUAGUUGAAAAGUAUGAUUUUUCAUCAGGAACGAGCAGCCGAAGUACAAAGCUUAUCCAUGGGGGUGUUCGUUAUUUACAAAAAGCUAUAAUGGGUUUAGAUUUAGAACAGUAUCGAUUGGUGAAGGAGGCUCUACACGAGAGAGCAAAUCUUUUGGAAAUUGCUCCGCACUUGUCAUAUCAACUUCCUAUCAUGUUGCCAGUCUAUAGAUGGUGGCAAGUACCAUAUUUCUGGGCAGGUAUCAAGAUGUACGAUCUGGUUGCUGGGCGACAGCAACUUCAGUCUAGUUACUAUCUAUCUAAAACAAGGGCAUUGGAAUUGUUCCCCAUGUUGAAGAAGGAGAAGCUGGUUGGCGCGAUUGUUUAUUACGACGGAGCUCAUAAUGAUGCUCGCAUGAACCUGGCUAUUGGCCUGACAGCUGCUAGGAUGGGUGCCACAAUUACCAACCAUACUGAGGUGAAGGCACUGAUCAAGAAAGAGGAGGACGGCAAGCAGAUGGUACGAGGAGCUUUGGUCAGAGACCGCUGCUCGGGUAAGGAGUUUACUGUGUUGGCCAAGUGUGUAAUCAAUGCUACAGGUCCUUACACCGACAGCAUCCGUCUAAUGGAUGACCCAGAGAAGAAGAAGAUAUGUCAACCUAGUGCAGGUGUGCACAUUGUGCUACCUGAUUACUACAGCCCUGCUGCAAUGGGGCUCCUUGACCCAUCAACCAGCGAUGGCAGGGUCAUCUUCUUCCUACCAUGGCAGAACUCAACAAUUGCAGGCACCACCGACAAUGCCUGUGAUGUCACAGAGAGUCCAAGCCCAACAGAGGAGGAUAUCCAAUUCAUUUUGAAAGAAAUUAAGAAUUAUCUCAGCCCUGAUGUUGCAGUUCGACGAGGAGAUGUUUUGGCUGCAUGGGCUGGUAUUAGACCACUGGUCUCUAAUCCUAACUCCAAGAACACAGAAUCUUUGGCACGAAACCAUGUGAUUGAAGUCAGCGAAAGUGGUCUUGUCACAAUUGCAGGUGGGAAGUGGACAACGUAUCGGUCAAUGGCUAAGGAUGCAGUGGAUAAAGCAGUUGAGUCUAGUAGUCUUCAUCCAAAGAAUGAAAGUUUGACCGAUGGACUACUAUUAGAGGGCGCUGCAGGCUGGACACCGAAUAUGUUCAUUAGACUGGUACAAGAUUUUGGCUUGGAAAGUGAGGUGGCACAACACCUUGCCAACACAUAUGGUGAUAAAGCUGUGGAGGUUGCACGCAUUGCUAAUAUGACCGGAAGACGAUGGCCAGUUGUUGGUGUUAGAAUCAUGGAGGAGUUUCCUUACAUUGAAGCUGAGGUAACGUAUGCCUGUAGAGAGUAUGCCCGAAGUGCAGUUGAUGUUAUAGGCAGAAGGCUGAGACUAGGGUUCCUGAAUGUACAGGCAGCAGAAGAGGCAUUGCCCAGGAUAGUUGACAUCAUGGCCGAGGAACUCAAGUGGAACAAGUCAAAGAAAGAGGAAGAAUUGAAGAAAGCACAUAAAUUUUUGUGCAGUGAGAUGGGAUUAUCAUGUCACACGUCUCUCCUCAAUGUGCCUUUGAAAUUCAGCCAACCGGAAAUUGACAAGUACACCAAGCGAUUCCAGACGCUAGAUAAGGCCAAGAAAGGCUUCAUCACUGCAUUGGAUGUUAGGAACUACUUGGAGAGUAUUGGAGAGACAGUGCAGGAAGACCAACUUAGAGAAAUGCUCCAGGAAGUAGAUUGUAACAAGAAUGGAAAGAUAGAGCUGGAUGAAUUUCUACAGCUCAUGAGUGCAGUAAAGACAGGUGCAAUGGCUAAUGUCCGCCUGGAAACAGCCCUCAGGAUGGGCGAGAGGAAGCCUAUUUCAACAGGGCGUAGUAACUGGGGUUUAUAAAUUAAGACCAAGGUGUAUAGUUUUAGUUAUAGUUUUUACACAACCACAUUUCAGGUAUAAUUAAUAAAUUUGAUAUUUAUGCGCCAUCUUUUUAGUUAAAUGAUGAAAUAGAAUAGUUUGCCUGUACGUGGUCACAACAUUACAAGUAUUUGCGCACUUUGCUGUGUUUUUCUAGGUCAAAUCCUUGUCAAGAAUACUUUAAAGUAAUAUUUAAGAAUUAUGCACAGUUUGUCACCAUACAAAGUAGGUGUAAGAUAGAAGUAAGUGAAUGCAGGUUAGAGAUCUAUACCAAUCCAUAUUUUGAAAUUUAAAUGUAUAAAGAUUAUAAACUGUUAUUAUAUCAAAAUAAAUUCAAUAGUAAUGUAAUUCAAAGAUUUAAAUUGAUUAAAUUGUCAUAUUUAUAAUUUAAACUCUGUAUGAAAAAAUUGUGUUGACCAAUAAUAAAUGAAAUUGUUUGAUAUUUAUGUCAUUUUACAAAAAAGGGAUCAUUCUAUAGAGCUGGUGUUUUCUAACCAGUUUCAUAACGCUAGAAACAUUGUUCGUAUAUAAAUUUAAAAUUUACAAUAAGUAUGAAACAAGCUCAGGAGGAUGUGAUGUAAGCCAUCGUGAAUCAAUAUUCCAUUUGUUUUUUUCCUCCUGAAUAACGCACAAUUAUAAAGACCUUUUAAAAAUCGCAUGCAAGUACUUUGCGUGUCUUUUUGGUUUAGGAGUGAAUUACUAAUACUAAUUUACAAUUUAAACAGAUUUUCUGUCAAACUACAUCGUUCAAGAAGUUAAAAUGUUGAGGGUUAUAGAUUCCCACUUUAGCCAAUCGCUGUGGUCAUUGGGCAGGAUGUUUCAUUUAUGUUGUCUUUACCCUGAAAAAUAAUGGGGUACAGGGUAGUUUCCAAUGCACUGAUUAGAUUACUAGCUGCAGCAUUAUGACGUUCCAUAAGUACGUAUUUAUGAUUUUCCAUUGUUAUUUGUUCCUAAGACCGGUGUAAUGUUGUGAAGAGUAAUAUGCAAGACAAUAUUGUUAUUGUUAAUCCACACCUGAAUAAUUAAUAGGUAAAAUUCCCCUAGAAGCAUUAUUUGAUUGGUUCAGAGGUUAUCAGAGGCCCUUCAAGGUGUAAUAAAUGCAACUCAGUCUAAAAAUGCAUCUGUUAAUCAGAUAUGCCGUUUGCUUCAACUCAGUUGUUACCAACCUGUGCUUUUAAAAGAGUAGAGAGGUAUUACUACCAAUGUUACCCUAAAAUUUACACUAUUAAAUAUAGAGAUUUAUAAAUGCCCUUUUACAUGAUGUGCAUAACUAAAAGAGUAAUAAGAAAUAUUAACAAAACGAUAGUUUACAAUAGAAUAUAUGAACAAAUUCAUUGAAAUAAGGGACACAAAUAGGUAAAGAGAAAUCACAUUAGAAGUUAUGUUUUAUAAACAUGAUUACGUACGUAAAACUAUGUAUGUGGUGUACCGCAAGCAUUUAAUAUAAACAUGAUUCUUUAACAAUGUGUCGUCUUCUAGAAAAUUAAAGAACUUACAAUAUAAUUUAGUUUUGAGUGGCUAGUAAAAUGGAUAGUGUUAUAAUUCUAUAUUUUUUUUGUAGUGGCCCAUGUAACCUUGAAGUGCUUUCCAACAUGAAACAUUUAGUUAACAUAAUGGUCACAUGCAAUAUACAUUUAUUUUGUUUGUUUUCCUACUGGUAUUUUGUUAAUUUUUACUAAUAUUGCUCCAGUUCACUGGACAGCAUUUUAAGAUACUGUACAGGUAUAAUGGGUGGCUACAGUUUCUGUCAUAAUACCAUACUGUACAAUAUUAAUGAAAAUAUAUACCUCAAAUGUUUGAUUCAAUUUUGACUAAAUGUGCUUUUCUGUGUUAGAUUAAUUAGGAUAUACCAUUUAAGUUAAAUUAAGUUUGAUUUACUUUAUACAUAAUGUAUAUGAUGUCGUGAUGUUUAACCUGUUCCACAAAACCACCAAGCCUCCAUUCAAAUUGAAUUAGAUGUAGUUUUUCAUUUGCAAAAGUUCCAUAAAACAUACAAAUAUAAGUUAUUGCAUUUUUUACUGGUUGCUAAAAUUAUAAAGUUUUUUAUAUAAAAAUAAUCAUUUUGUGUAGAACAGGCUUACAAAAAUGUAUUUAUUCUUUGAGUUACAUAAAUUUGUAUGGUAUUGUGAAAUGAAACUGCUUAACUAUGCUUCAUCAUAAUCACCACCAAAACUGUUCAUAUUAUAUUUCAUUGUAUUCAUUAUCAUCAUUUCAUUAUAUUUGAUAACUGUGCAUAUCAAGAUUACUGUUGUAUAUUUUAGUUUGUCUUGGUUUGUUAAAGUGGGUCAUUUUUUUCAUAUACUGUAUUGUUUAUGUAAUAUUCAGAAUAUUAAUGUCUGUUGUAUAUUAUUUUUAUAUACACAUGUGGUAAAGUGAGUACUAAUAUAAAUAGUAAAAUUCCAUAAAACAUAUAAAUAUAAGUUAUUACAUUUUUUACAUUAAUUAUAAAUAACAUUGUAUUGAAAUAAAAUUAUAAAGUUUUUCAUAUAAAAAUAAUCAUUUUGUAUAGAACAGGCUUACAAAAAUGUAUUUAUUCUUUGAGUUACAUAAAUUUGUAUGGUAUUGUGAAAUGAAAACUGCUUAACUAUGCUUCAUCAUAAUCACCACCAAAACUGUUCAUAUUAUAUUUCAUUGUAUUCAUUAUCAUCAUUUCAUUAUACUUGAUAACUGUGCAUAUCAAUAUUACUGUUGUAUAUUUUAGUUUGUCUUGGUUUGUUAAAGUGGGUCAUUUUUUUCAUAUACUGUAUUGUUUAUGUAAUAUUCAGAAUAUUAAUGUCUGUUGUAUAUUAUUUUUAUAUACACAUGUGGUAAAGCGAGUACUAAUAUAAAUAGUAAAAUUAUAUAAAAUAUAACAAACAUUGCUUUAUUUAAAUACAAUUUACUAUGAGAAGCUUAGGGUUUGUAUGUAAUGGUUGAUGGAAUUUAAAUAUGAUGUGACUGUGAGAAAGGUUGGCCUUUAACAUUUAUUUAAGAUAUGGUUAGAAGAAAUUGAAGUAAAUAACAAAUUAAAAGGAGUAUAGUUGAUGAAA